AUGUACAUGUACCUUGUCCAUCUCCAAUCGCAGUGGCGCUCCAACGUAUCGAAUCGUAGCUUGCUGGCAGGAAAGCAGCACAGGCCAGAUUCGCCAGAUCGCAUUCGUCUCGCUUCUUCCACCCGCAAACCCCAAUUCUCCCUCUAUAUUCCAGUGUAUUCGCAGUUAUACCUACAAGAUGGUAAGAAGCGCAGCUCUUUGCAGCUCCUUCCCCCCUCCCGUUGCGCAAUUCUCGAGGUGGCUAACCAAGGCAUCUUCAUCCAGGCGGCGCAGGUCAUCUCCAACUCCGGCCAUGAUGAUAUGAUCCAUGAUGCUGUUCUCGAUUACUACGGACGAAAGCUGGCGACCUGCUCAAGCGACCGAACGAUUAAGAUCUUCGAGAUUGAGGGCGAGACACAACGUCUAGUUGAGACUCUGAAAGGUCACGAAGGUGCUGUAUGGUGCGUUGCCUGGGCGCAUCCCAAGUAUGGCAACAUCCUGGCAUCGGCCGGCUACGAUGGCAAGGUCUUUAUCUGGAAGGAACAGGGCGCCCAGAACAGCCAGUGGCAGCGAAUCUACGACUUCCCCUUGCACAAGGCCUCGGUCAACAUUGUCUCCUGGUCUCCUCAUGAGGCAGGCUGCCUCCUCGCCUGCGCAUCGUCUGAUGGCAACGUCAGCGUCCUCGAGUUCAAAGACAACAGUGUCGACCAUGUCACAUUCCAGGCGCACGGCCUCGGUGUCAACUCCGUCUCCUGGGCCCCGGCCACCUCACCUGGCAGCAUCGUCAGCAGCGCCCCAGGCCCUAGUGCUACCGGUAACCGACGGUUCGUUACCGGCGGUUCUGACAACUUGAUCAAGAUCUGGACUUUCGACCCCGCUACGCAGUCAUACAAGCAAGAGGGUGAAGCGUUGACGGGCCAUAGCGACUGGGUUCGCGACGUUGCGUGGUCUCCUACCGUCCUGCAAAAGUCAUAUAUCGCAUCAGCUUCCCAGGAUAAGACUGUCCGCAUCUGGACGUCAGACCAGUCUAGCGGCGGCCAGUGGGCAAGCAAGCAACUCAACUUUGAUGCCCCUGUUUGGCGUGUUAGCUGGUCCUUGAGCGGCAACGUCCUUGCUGUUAGCUGCGCGGACAACAAGGUGUCCCUGUGGCAAGAGAAUCUACGUGGUGAAUGGGAGUGCGUCAAGUCGAUUGAGGAGUAA